AAAUUUACAUAUUUGCAAUUGUGCUCUGAUUUCAGGGGCAACAUUUUUAAAAAUGACCCUUAAUGUUUUAUUGUUAUGUAUAAUCUCAUUCCGUGCUACAGAACUAGCGUCAUCCUUGGAACUUAAACCUGACAUGCCUAACGUGUGUACAGAGCAGGAGCUGGCGAUGGUCGGGCACAGACAGCCAUGUGUCCAGGCUUUCACUCGCAUGGUCAAAGAGUGGAAACAAGGCUGCACUGGACAGAGGUGGUGCGUUGGGUAUGAAAGAAGGACUGGGUAUUACACAGCUUACAGACAGGUAUACAGCGUGGAGCUCCAAACAGUUUACAAGUGCUGCCCGGGCUGGACUCAGCAGGAAGAUGAAGUGGGCUGUCUGCACUCUGUGUGCUCUGCUGGUACAUGUUUCAAUGGAGGGAAAUGCUCUGAUGGAGGCUCCCAGGUCUGUCAGUGUCCAAAAGGCUUCCAAGGAUCCCACUGCCAGUAUGACGUUAAUGAAUGUACCACUAACAAUGGAGGCUGUCAGGACCAGUGCUGCAACACCAUUGGGAGCUACUAUUGCAAGUGCCCUUCAGGCCAGCAGCUCGGGGAGGACGGGCAGUCUUGUGAGGAUGACGAUGAGUGUGCUGUUAUGAAUGGAGGCUGCCAGCAGACCUGCGUGAACACUCAAGGAUCCUUCUCCUGUGAAUGUGAUGCAGGAUACAGGCUGCACGCUGAUGGGCGCACUUGUAUCACUGUGAAAUCUUGCUCUUUGAACAAUGGUGGUUGUGAGCAUGAGUGUGUAGAUAUUACUGAAGAUCAUUACAAGUGCCAGUGCCGUCCAAACUACCAGUUAAAAAGAGACGGCAAGCACUGUGAAUUGAGAGACCCGUGCACUGACAGGAACGGAGGCUGUGCUCACAUCUGCACAAGUGAAGAUGGGUUAGCACAAUGUGAAUGCAGGCCUGGGUACCACCUGUCUGCUGACGGUAAAGGUUGUGAAGACACUGAUGAGUGCAGUUCAGGGAUUGACAUGUGUGCUCAUCGCUGUGUCAACAUGCUGGGGUCCUUUACCUGUGUCUGUAACCCAGGAUUUGAGCUGGGUGCUGAAGGGAAAAAGUGUUACCGUAUUGAAAUGGAGAUUGUAAAUAGCUGCGAAAAGGACAAUGGAGGCUGCUCUCAUCAUUGUGAACAUACUACCAGUGGGCCUCUCUGUUCAUGUAACCAAGGUUACCACAUAGAUGUGGACAGGAAGAGUUGCAUAGACACUGAUGAGUGUGAUUCAGGAGAGGCCUGCUGCAGUCAGUUCUGUAAUAAUUAUCCAGGAGGCUAUGAGUGCAGUUGUAAGGCUGGCUUCAGACUCAACAUUGACGGCUGUGGCUGUGACGAUGUGGAUGAAUGUUUGGCUGACAAUGCUGACUGUGAUCAUGAAUGUGUCAACAUGCCGGGAUCAUUCGAAUGCUCCUGUCAAGAAGGAUUUAGACUGGAUUUUGAUAAAAAGACAUGCGUUCCUCUGUAUGCCGAUGAUGGCCUGUAUGAAGAGGAAGAGGAAUUGGAGGUGGUCCGGCUUCCGGACCUCCUGUUCCGAAGACCCCCACGGCUCCUUCACUACACCGCUGCUCUACAAUCUGCCUACGAGGAGGAAGAGUAUGAGGAAGAUAUCAGAGGGGAACACGCUGUCCUGCACAAAAUUAUCUGUCUGGAUAACACCUUUGGGAACGACUGCAGUUUGACCUGUGAAGACUGUGAGAAUGGUGCUGUGUGUAAUCCUGACAGGGAUGGAUGUGACUGCCCUGCAGGAUGGUCUGGAAUUGUCUGCAAUGAAACAUGUCCUCAGGGAACUUUUGGGGAGGAAUGCAACAGUAUCUGUGAGUGUCAGAAUGGAGGCACCUGUGACCCGGUGACAGGGAGGUGCCAUUGCCCACCUGGAAUUAAUGGGCAGUUCUGUGAAGAUGGUUGCCCUAAGGGAUUCUUUGGGAAGAGCUGUGACAGAAAAUGUAACUGCCCGAACAACGGCUAUUGUCACAGACUGUACGGAGCAUGUUUGUGCGACCCAGGCCUUUAUGGGCGCUUCUGUCAUUUAACCUGUCCAAAAUGGAUCUUUGGAGCUGGGUGCUCUGAAGAAUGCCAGUGCGAAGCAGAAAACUCUCUGGAAUGCGAUGCUAAAAAUGGCACCUGCAUUUGCAAGUCUGGUUACCAUGGCGAUAGGUGUCAAAAAGAGUGUGGACCAGGGUUCCAUGGAGCUGGCUGUAAGCUGAAAUGUAACUGUCCCUUCGGUGUGCCCUGUGACCAUCAGACUGGAGAGUGCAAGCGACAGUGUUCCCCAGGGUUCCAUGGAGAGAGAUGCCAGCUUUCUUGCAGCCCUGGGAAAUUUGGUGUUAACUGCCUCCAGACUUGUGACUGUGGAGGGGCACCCUGUGACUCCCGGACUGGUCAGUGUAUGUGUCCUACUGGUAGAACGGGCCCAGCCUGUGAGAAAGACUGCCCUCAUGGCCUGUGGGGUAUAAACUGUCAGUUCGCAUGUGGGAUGUGUGCAAAUCGAGCCAUUUGUAACAAAGAGACUGGCAACUGUGAUUGUCCCCCGGGGUUUGCUGGAAAAUCCUGUGAAAAAGCUUGCCCCAGUGGGUAUUACGGGCAGGACUGCCUGCUUCUCUGUAACUGUAACAACAAAGCCCAGUGUGACCAUGUGACUGGGCAGUGUGCGUGCCCACCAGGGUGGACUGGCCAACACUGUUCAAGGGCUUGUGAUGCCAGUCGCUGGGGCAGCCUGUGUGCUAAUAAGUGUGAGUGUGAUAACAGUGAUGGAAGCUGUGACCCUGUGACUGGACUUUGUCUGUGUGAAGCAGGCUACACUGGAAAACGCUGUGAGCAAAAGUGUGCUGAGAACACCUAUGGUCUUGCCUGCAAGUUCAGCUGUCAGUGUGAGAAUGAAGCCACCUGUGAUCAUGUCAGUGGAGCCUGUAACUGUUCAGCUGGGUGGACUGGGACUUUCUGUGAAAGACCAUGCCCGGAUGGAUUUUAUGGUCUUGACUGUAGCCAGAUGUGUAACUGCAGAAAUGGUGCCCGCUGUAACCACAUCACAGGGGCCUGCCACUGCCCUCCUGGCUGGGUGGGAACCAAGUGUAACCAGGCAUGCCAAGGGGAUAAGUACGGCGAGGCCUGCAGCCUGAUCUGUAAUUGUCACAAUGGGGCGACAUGUGAUCAUGUGACUGGCCAGUGUCACUGUGCUGCGGGGUGGACAGGAGUUUCCUGUCAGCAAGCUUGCCCUGCUGGACUCUAUGGUGUGGACUGCCUUCAACACUGCAUUUGCAGAAAUGGAGGCAGAUGUGAUCCGAUGACUGGCCAGUGCACCUGUUCUAAAGGCUGGACUGGAGUUGCCUGUGAACUCGAGUGUGAAGAUGGCUUAUUUGGAGCAGGGUGCAAUCAGACUUGUAGCUGCAGGAAUGGUGGAACCUGUAACAGACUCACUGGGGAAUGUACCUGUAGCCCUGGCUGGACCGGCAAUCAGUGUGAAACAGCUUGCCCUGUUGGUUACCAUGGCAAGCACUGUAAGGAGAAGUGUGUGUGUGAUCAUGGCUCUACUUGUCAUCAUGUGACAGGAUUAUGUCACUGCAACCAAGGGUGGAGAGGGAGGAGGUGUGAUAAACCUUGCCUGCCCGGUUACUAUGGUGAUAAUUGUGCCCUGCGCUGUGAAUGCCUGUCUGGUGUUUCAUGUAACCAUGUGACUGGAGAAUGUGGCUGUCCUGUAGGAUUUACUGGAAAUGGAUGUGAAAAAACUUGUCCUUCAGGCACAUAUGGACAAAACUGUAACCAGCUGUGUCAGUGCUCGGCUCAGAAUGAACAAUGUCAUCCUGUCACUGGGAAAUGCACCUGCCUACCUGGUUACUAUGGGAACCAUUGUGACCUCAAGUGCCCAACUGGUACCUACGGCCCAUAUUGCAGUGAAAGCUGUAAAUGUCAGAAUAAAGGACGCUGUGAUACAGAGACAGGGACCUGUGAAUGCUCUCCGGGGUUCCUCGGAGCUGACUGCAGUAAGAGCUGCCCAGAAGGUCGCUUUGGGAAGGACUGUGCCCAGGUGUGUUCUUGUGGUAAAGAAGGCCGGUGUGACUCAGUGACAGGCAGAUGCACGUGUCCUUCUGGCCAAAUUGGACAAAGCUGUCAGCAAGCUUGCCCCAGAGGAAGGUAUGGGCAAAACUGCCAGCACACUUGCACUUGUCGAAAUGGUGGCAUCUGUAAUCCAGUCGAUGGGAUGUGUACUUGUGGACUGGGAUGGACUGGGCCUUACUGUGAAAAAGAAUGCCCUGCUGGUAAAUAUGGGGCAAACUGCCAGCUGGAUUGUUUGUGUCAGAACAAUGGGGUGUGUGAUCGGUUUUCAGGCUGUUGCCAAUGCAUUGAUGGUUACUAUGGACAGGCCUGUGAACACAGCUGCCCUCCUGGAUUUUAUGGCCUGUUCUGUGCUCGCACAUGUGAUUGUAAAAAUGGUGCCACGUGUGACCCUGUGACUGGACAGUGUAUUUGUCCAGCAGGUUAUCAUGGAUUCCAGUGUGAAAAAGGCUGCGAGCGAGGGAGGUAUGGAGAGAGAUGCCAGCAGCAAUGUUAUUGUGAAGGAGCAGGGCCUUGUCACCCAGUGACUGGAAAAUGCUUUUGCCCUCCUGGCAAAACUGGAGACCGGUGUGAGAAUGAAUGUAGAAGUAAUCAAUAUGGACCUGGGUGCUCUCUGUCUUGCCAGUGUGCAAAUGAAUCACACUGUAACACUCGCAAUGGAAACUGUGUCUGCCCUUUCCAGUGGAUGGGACCCUCGUGUGCUGAAGGAGGACCCCCAAAACCCACUUCUAACCAGGACUACACUCCACAAGCACAUAGAGCUUCAAGGCAUAUUUCACAUUCCUAGUUUUAUGAAGCUGAUGCUAGACUGCAUUAUUUGAGCACAUUUGAAAAUCGCAAACCAGGAAUCAAUUAGCAGUGCACAGUAAGGAUGGUAUUGAUUCCACUAAACACAUACAGUGCAUAGUAUGAUGCAGAUCCUACAGCAGCAGUGAAUUAAGGAGUGGGGUCCCAGUUUAAAGUGUUGCACUUUUGAAAAUGGUUAUGUUGUAUCCUCAUUUAAAAGGUGCUGACCAGUAAAGUAAUUGAAGUACAUCUGUGCUCUGAAAAGCAACUACAGUACCUUAUCUUUUCAGAAUGUGUUAAGAUUAUCUGGUACAAUGAAUGGAUAUUGCUUAUGGUGAAGCAAUUCAUAGUUCAACCAAUAGGAUGAUAACACAGUGUAACAAAUUUUUUUUUUUUUUUUUUUGGUUCCUGGGUAGUAAGUGUUAU